AUGGUUUGCUGCAGAUAUUUGUUAUCUUCUUAUUUGUUUUGUAAAGUACUUUUUGCAAAUAAUGCCCUGCCAUUUUCUAGGAUGCAGCACUGGACGAUGAUGAUUUCGAUGACGAGGAUUGGCAGGAGAUGGAAGAUGAGAAGGUUGGCGGACUCUGUUGAGAUGAGUAGAGCUGUCACCUCUGGCUCUACUUGCCUGACCACUGAGGUGAAGUCUGUGGAGAUGCACCGCGAGUCCACGCUGGAGGCUGUGCCAAUUGACAAUGGUGGCCUCAACGUCAAGAAUAUUCAUGUGAAGAAUCUCAAGACGGCAACGAGCCUGCCAUGGUCUGGGAGCUUGAGAGCGAGCAAAGUCUGA